UUUCUGUCGUUUGUUGUAUUGGAAACUCGGGACGAGUGAAACGGGAAGAGGAGACAAGUCACGGGUUCUGUUUUGGAUGUGAAUCAUGUGAAAGGAACUGAUUAGAUUUAGCGUUUCCGACACGUUAGGAUUGGCGCGCUAUAUAUAUUCGUCGCCCUCCUCUUGUUUCCCCCCAGGAAGAUCAAUGGAGCGCGCGCAGACUAGUCUCAACUCGGACCCGGAACCAAGGGGUCGCUGGUCCUUCUGGAGGAACCUCAGCGGCUUUUGGUUGCUGGGACUGUGCAACAACUUUGCCUACGUGGUGAUGUUGAGUGCGGCGCACGACAUCCUGCACCAGCAGGAGUCCCACAACAGCACGUCCCCGAGGCCGCUGGGAGGGGGAGGAGGAGGAGGAGGAGGAGGGAACGGCAGCAACGGCAACAGCAGUUUGUACGACUGCAACCCUGUUUCCACUGCGGCUGUUCUGCUGGCAGAUAUCCUCCCCACUCUCGUCAUCAAAGCUGUUGCACCCUUCUUCAUCCACAAAUUCCCUUACGGGUGCCGUGUGUUGACGUGUGUAGCCACAGCAACCGCCAGCUUCCUGCUGGUAUCCUUCUCUUCCACGGUGGGAAUGAGCAUUCUGGGGGUGAUCUUUGCCAGUAUGAGCUCUGGCUUGGGAGAGCUCUCCUUCCUCUCGCUCACAGUCUUUUUCGAUGGGUCCGUGUUGGGAGGGUGGGGGUCAGGUACCGGCGGGGCCGGGGUGAUCGGAGCCUUCCUGUACUCGGCUUUCACGCAGGCUGGCCUGUCGCCGCGGACAACGCUGCUCAUCAUGCUUGUAGUGCCUGUUGUCAUGACGAUCAGCUACUACUUCCUUCUGGUGUUCCCACCUGCUUUCUCACAAUGGCAGUGCAUGGAGGAGGGGCCAGUCAGGAACAACCAGGAGAGACGUCCCCUGAUGGAGGAGGAAGAGGAGAAGGAAGCAGCAGAGGAUGAAGAAAAGCCAGAUGAACGGUUCCUUGAGCCACUCACCUUCCCAGACAAAGUUACUGUCAUACGAGGCCUGGUGAAGUUCAUCGUUCCUCUGGGACUAGUGUACUUCGCCGAGUAUUUCAUCAACCAGGGCCUGCUCGAGUUGCUGUUCUUCCCAGCUUCCUUCCUGUCUCACGCUGAGCAAUACCGCUGGUACCAGACUCUGUAUCAGAUCGGCGUCUUUGUGUCUCGCUCAUCUCUCUUCUGCGUGAAGAUCCGCAGGGUGUGGAUUAUGUCUGUACUUCAGUGUGUCAACGCCGUGCUGCUCUGCGUCGCUGUGCAGUUCCACUUCCUGCCCAAUGUUUUCACAGUCUUUGUGAUCAUCUUCUACGAGGGACUGCUCGGCGGGGCUGCUUACAUCAACACCUUUCACUUUAUCAGCAAGGAGACAGGAGCCAGGGAGCGGGAGUUUGCCAUGGCAGCAGCCAGCGUGGGGGACAGCCUGGGCAUCGCAUUGUCCAGCCCGCUCUCAUUCUUUGUCCACAACUACUUCUGCUCGCGGUGAUGGAAGUGUCUUGCUCAUGUCAGUUGCUGUCACUGACAGCGCACUUCCUGUGUGCCACCUACACACCGCUCGUUUUGCAUGAUUAAUAUUAAUUUUGCAGUUACUGGCAAGAGGCGGUUUGAAAGCUAACAACCAUUUAAUACAGUGUACAUAAAGGUGACAUGUCUUAUGAAAUGACUGUGUGUGUCAUAUAAUAAAGUGACGGUGUUCUUCUCCCAGUGGAUUUGGACCCUGUGCAGUAAAACCCCGCAGUUUUUGCCGGUCCGAAAUGUGGGAAAGAGGGCGAUUUAUUGCAGCUGAACUGGGCUGAAUCACCCGGGGCUAUUUUCUGCAGUUCUGUGGCUGACUUUCAAGCCAGCCGUCGGUCCGUGUCUCUGUCCUCAUCUCUUCCAGCUGUGCCAAUAUGGCCACGAUACUGGAACUGGACGAGCACCUGCAGAAGGAGUUCAUCUUUGAAGCUGCCGCGCAGGAGAUGAGGGGCAUACCCUCCAACAAGCCAGUGGCACACGACUUCUUGUGAUGUUGCGCUGCUACGAUACCUCGCUCUGCGAGCGCUCCAUCCCGCAGCCCGCAAAUGGCUCCGUCACUGUUUCCUCACGCUGCUUCCUGCAGUUGCUUGUGCCAGAGAGGUGUACUUGUGUCCGUCUUCACUCUCCCUUAUCCCCGAGCAUGCAAUUUGGCCUCCUCACCUUUGAUCCCCGUGUAGCUCCAUCCCCGUGUCCUUCGUAGUGCCUCCCCUCACAUGCAUGUGCGCGCAACUCACUGUGUCCCUUCCAUUGGAACACAAACAUUGACAGCUCUGUGAAUGAGACUUUAGAUUGGAGUUUUUCUCUGGUUCGCUUUGUCAGUUGCAGGUUUUGUGCCCUUUUUGGAAAGGGAACAAAGAGCUUUGCUUCCACCUCUGUCUGACUGAAGGGAUGAGCUGCUUUGACCUGUCCUGGACACAAAUGGGAUCAUGAAG